GUUGUCUACAAGCCCACGAACCCUCAAGCUAAACGCUAUAUAUAUUACCUAAGACCCUGCUGGCUCCAUCAUCCAGAGGACUGGCCGUCUGUCAGCACGAUGCCAGGCAAACCUGCGCCCAUCAAGAAGUCCCCAGCCAAGAAGGCUGCCGAGAAGGCACCUGAGCCCGCCCCGGAGCCUGAACCCGCUCCCGUAGAGCCUCCACCUGCGGAAACACCUGCGGAGGCUGCGACUGUCGAAGCCGCUCCCGCUGAGGCACUGGCCGAGGGAGAAGCAGCCCCCGCCGCCCCAGCAGAGGACACCCCCGCAGCGGAAGGAAGCGCUCCAGUUGAUGCCACAGCCACUGAGGAAGCAGCUGAUUUGGCAGCUCCCUGUGUUGGUAAACACACACCACGGGCGGUCUACACACACACAAGCUGCAAUGCAUGUGUGUUUGUGUCCCACUGUGCACUACACAUGCUGCUGCUCCCACUGCUGAACACGUUGCCGCUGCUCCCGCUGCAGAAGCUCCCGCAGAUGCUGCUCCAGCAGAAGCUGCCGUAGUUGAGGAGCCGCCAAAGGCCCCCACGCCCCCACCUCCUGCAGUCCCCACCAGCACUCCUCUGGAAGUAUCUGUGGAAGAUGUGAACGACUCCAGCCUUACCAUUAAAUGGAAGACGCCAGAGACCAUCGGAGACUCCGGCCUGGACGGAUACAUCAUUGAGUACUGCAAAAACGGAACAACAGACUGGGUUGUAGCUCAGGAGGAGUUGACCUCAGCUAACCGCUACUGCGUCAAGAAUCUGACAACCGGUGACCUGCUGCAUGUGCGCGUGGUGGCCGUAAACCCCGGUGGCCGCAGUGAACCUGGUACACUAGCCGAGCCUGUGCCAAUCCGCGAGAUUGUUGACCGUCCCAAGAUCCGCAUGCCCCGCGUCCUCAGAUCCCGUUGUGUCAAGCAGGUUGGAGAGCAGAUCAACCUGGUCAUCCCCUUUCUUGGAAAGCCCAAACCUGUGGUGUCCUGGCUUAAGGAUGGUCAGCCUCUGGAUACAAAGAGGGUCAACGUCAGGAACAGUGACAAGGACAGCAUCAUGUUUAUCCGCACUGCUCAGAGGGAGGACUCUGGUGUUUACGAGAUGACUGUUAAAGUGGACAGCUUUGAAGACAAAGCCACCGUCACCCUUCAGAUUGUGGAGCUGCCCGGCCCUCCUGCCAGUGUGAAGCUGGUGGAUGCCUGGGGCUUCAACGCUGCUCUGGAAUGGACCCCUCCCAAGGAUAAUGGCAACACAGAGAUCACUGGAUACACUGUCCAGAAGGCCGACAGGAAGACCGGGGAGUGGUUCACGGUGUUGGAGCAUUACCACAGGCUAACUGCCACCGUCUCAGACCUCAUCAUGGGCAACUCGUACUGCUUCAGAGUCUUUGCUGAGAACCAAGUGGGCAUCAGCGAGACAAGCGCUGUCACCAAGGAAGUGGCCACCAUCCAAAAGACAGGUAUUGUCUACAAGCCUCCCGAGUACCUGGAGCACGACUUCAGCGAGGCACCCAAGUUCACCACACCCCUCAGUGACCGCGCUGCCACUGUGGGAUAUACCACCAAGCUGCUGUGUUCUGUUCGUGGAUGCCCCAAGCCUAAGAUCGAGUGGUUGAAGAAUCAGAUGGUCAUCGGUGACGACCCCAAGUUUCGUCAGAUCUCUAACCAAGGCAUUUGCUCCCUCGAGAUUCGUAAACCUUGCUGCUUCGAUGGCGGCGUGUACACCUGCAGAGCCAAGAAUGCCCAGGGAGAGGCCACUGUCUCCUGCAAGCUGGAGGUCAAACAGAUUAUUCUUUCAGAGGCAGACAAGGAGAAGGGCAAAUAAACCAACACCCAAACCUCCAGAGUGCCUUUAAAGGACCAGCAGAAGUCUAGGCCUUAUGUUUUAAGAGUGUUGGAGGAGGUGAGAGAAAAAGUUGUGGCUGGCUGUGCAGCAGUGUGUACAUAAUGAAGAAGGGGACAGAACAACAUACCUCCAUAUCCAUUUCCACCACCACACACCCAGACUCACCCACUCCUUCCAGUAUGCAGGGAAGACCCUUGCCACCCAACCCAUCCCAGUUUGCCAAAUGUUGUUGAUGAUGUUAUUUUAGCUGGUGACUUGUAUGUAAGUCUAUAUUUACAAUUGUUUGUUUCUGCUUGUGUCCAUGUACAGUAUGUAUAUGUACUGCCUAAUAAAACAGUGAAUCCUUGGACGUGCUAUUGCAAUGACUGUAUGGACAUGUAAUAAAAAUUGUAUUUAAUUAUA